AUGGAUAGAUUGAAUAUUUCAACAAGGAGAACGCGGGGACUUUCAGUUACGAGUUUCACUGAUGGUGAACUAAAUAAAAUGAAUGAUUCCCUAGAUAACUUAAAAAAAGAUCUUUCUCUAAUUGAAUCAUUUUGGCAUAGAAUUAUAACUAAGGAUUCCAAUCCAUUGGAACUAUCUUUAUCAUUUUUAGAUGACACUUCUGUUGGUUUGGGCCACAGGUAUGGGGAAUUCCAUAAGUUAAAGUCCAAAAUUGCCGGUGAUUUACAAGAGGCUGUAAAUGAGCACUAUCAAGCUUUUAACAGCAGCAUUGCUUCAUAUGGUCAGACUUUCAAUUAUCUAAAUGAGUCUAGGAAAAGUAUAUCUCAGGUUAAAACGGCAGUUGACGAGGCAAUGACUCCAUUAACAGUUGUAAAUGCGGAACUAGAUGAUUUAAACAUUGAUUCUAUGAGACAUUCCAAAAUGGUCGACAUAUUAACUGCUAUAGAGAAGGUUAUUGCAAUCCCUGAUCAAGUAGAACUUUUUAUAAGCAAGAGAGAAUUUAAAAAUGCAUUAGGCGCAUUAGUGCAUGGGUUUACGCUUGCAAAGAACUACCAAUUAUGGGAUUUAUGCGCCCUUAGUGGUACUAAACAACAAUUGGAAUUGCAGGAAAGUAUACUUUUUGAAACUGUAGUGGACGAGCUUUUUGAUCUCUUAUACUCUAGAAAGAAAUCUUCGUUUUCAGACCUGAAGUUCCUUGACAAUACGAACACAGAAGAGGGGUUCAGCAGUCUUGAAAAUUACUUACUUCAAGUUGUAAGCAUAGAUAUCGUUGAACAAUCCAAUAAGAUGAACCAGUUGUUGGACGAUUUUAUGAACAAUAUGUCCAAUAAUGCGAAUGAUAAACUACAGGGUGUUCAGCUAGUUCCCAAACAGCAAUUGAGUCACAACCGUAUUUUAAUUCUAACUAAUGUUCUUAAUGAUAUGAAUAAAUUAUCAUCUGCACUAGAACUUAUAGUUGAAAAAAACAAAGAGGAAUUACAUUCCAUAGUUAUUAAGGCUACAGAAAAUGUCCGUUCAAAAUUUCCAAAUCUCCUAAAGAUGAUAGAUACCAUGAAGAAUAACGCGGAAUUUGGCAUAUCAGGGAAAGAUUUCUUAUCACUCGUUCUCCGAAAGUUGUUCUGGGAAAUAUUUACGAAGUUUAUUAUGGUUUCACAAGGUCAUCGUGUUCUCUAUGAGGCUAAAAAUCUGAUACAGGCUUCAUCAACAAACCCAUAUCCCUAUAAUAAAGUUUGGAAUGAUACAUUGAACGAGGUGGGGUCCCUCCUAAGAAGUUAUACGAAUGAUCCUAAGAUAUACAAUGAAACGCGUUCUCCUCAUAGAAGUUCCAGCGUAAGUUCUCAUAUAAAUAGCAAGAAAAAGCUAUUCAACCUGCAAACUAACUUGAUCGAUAACAGUGCAACUAAAAACCAUGCCAAUGAGUUAAAGGGCUUGUUGCAGGAUAUGUUCCCGGGGUUCACAUCUGAUGUCAAUCUAAAUCUUGAAGAUAUUUUCUUAGAAGAUGAUCAAGCUGAAGAAGAAGAAACAUUGGUACCUUUGACCGUUUUUAAUAUGAAAGUAAUAUUAGAGCCGCUGUUGGUUUUCGUUCAAAGUACAAAAAAUAUAGUACCAUUAGAGUUUGAGAAGAACACUGAACCGUCGCUUACAUUCUUCCACAAUUAUAUGAAUAACACAUUUUUACCAAGGCUAGACAGAACAAUAAACUAUUUUUACGAACAAAGAGUGGAAUCAAAUAAUCCAUAUGCACUAGAAACUGCAAACGACAGCAGUGUUAUUUUGAAAACUGCUGUUGAUUUUAAAAAUCUAUUCAUUAGAUUAUUGUACAUUAUGAACACAGGCUACAAUUAUCGUGAGGGCAUAUCCAACAUAUUACUUUCACUAUUGAACAGGUUUUAUACCCAAUAUCACGUCCUUUUUCAAACGCUGUUAAGCUCUGCCAACUCUCGCUUCAAUAAAAAGUUGGUAGCCGUUUGGCUUGAAGAUACAGAACUCAUUAAAAUAACUGAAAAGAUAUUAUGCGAUGAGGACUCGUAUGUUCCUUCAGAAACUGAGAUUAUGGUCAGGUAUUGUCCGGAGUUUGAUGCCAAGAGUGGGGUAGUAACCAAAAAUGAUUUUUUUAGCAAUACCACUAUCGACACAAUUACAUACUUCCUAGGAACUUUAACAUGGAUACGUGAGUGGUUGCCUCAGUUAAAACAAGAGGUCAGCGAGGAAGAUUAUUCACUUGAUCUCACCAAUAUUGAUAAGAUUCGGAAUAAUUGGUCAUUCUUUGAAGCAAUUGAUCUCGAAAAGAUGGAUAGAAUGGGUUCAUUAAAGUUCCUUCUUAUGGGUAAAACAGUUGAAAAGUUUGAUGAAAUCGUUCAAGGUCUUUUAGAAUUGGAAUAUAAGCUACUUGCCUGCAUGAGGUAUGAUGUUAGAGCCAGAUGCAUUUACAACAUCUCUGAAAUGCUACACACUUCAAAGUGGAAUCCUGAUGCCACAUCCAUUGAGUUAAAUCCAUAUAUUACCGCCUUAACAUCUGAAAUUGGUAUGCUGGAGAACAAGUUAUCCCAAAGGAGUAGCCAGCAUCAACAACAAGUUACGUUUGUUGGUUUGUCAUAUCUGGUUAACGUCGUUUUUAUAAAUUGUGCGCGCUCAAUCAAGGUUUUAAACACAAAUGGUAUUAAGAAGAUUAUAAGAAAUGUAAAUGUGCUACAACAGACCUGUCGCAAUAUAAGCCCCAACCCAGAGAAAGAAGAUAUGUCCCUUACGAUCAAUUUCUUCUCUAUGUGCUCCAUGAAUGAAAAUGUUAUUGUAGACUAUUACAAUGAAGGAAAACUCACAAAAUACGCUUUAGAUCAUGUCAAAAACAUUAUUAGACUUCAAUUUAGUGAGGAAUUCUACAGCAAACUAAAAAAGAAGGGUGGGAACAGAGCCACCUCCAUAACAUCUAAUAGGCGGUAUCAAGAUGCCGUAAGUAGGUUACAAGUUUCUGAGUAG